GUUAUAAUUCGGGUGAAUGCCUCAAUUUUAAUUUUUAAAAUAUUGAUAAAUAUAGCGACUCAAACAAAAGCUCUUUCGAAAUCUUCCAUCAUUUUAAAAGAGAAAAAAGACCUGAGAGAGAAAAAAAUUAAGAAAAAGAGGAGACUGUAAAUGCAGCUUGUGGAAAUAAAGAGACAAAUCCAGACGCUGAGAGAUUUGUUUGAGGGGAGGACUCACUUUCCAGGACUGUUCAGAAGGCCUCUCCAGGUCUGCACUAGGAAGCAGAGCAAUGCAGUAGCUGGCUAUAUUAAGUGAUUUUCUGUGAAGAAUUUGAAAUGGCAACAGCGAGUAGUAAUACUCAUAUACUAAAUAAUUGUGAUUCAGUUUCAUGGUCUGAAGUAGAUCAGCCACUUUUAGACCAAAUGACAGAACAGUCACGGGAUACUUCCUGCUUGAAUGCUGUAGAGUGGUCUCUGCGGCGUUAUGGCCGAUUUAUGCCUGGAGCUUUGGGCACUGCUUCAGGAUCUUGGAAGGUUUUGGAGUCAAAUGAAGAAUCUGGCUUUCUUGUUCUCAGUAUAGUUAUUUCAGGCCAUUUCUUCAUUUCCAGAGGAAAAGAAGUACUGGAAGGAUUUUCAUUAAUUGGUGCUUCUCAGUGGUUAAAGGUAGUACGAAAAGCAGAUUGCAUGUUAGUUGGUUCAAAAUUAAAGAGCAAACAUCGUAUGUUUCGUAUACAAUUUACUGGAGACUCCCAAACUGAGGCAGAAGAGCAUUGCCAUAACUGUAUGCAGAAACUAGCUGAGUAUAUUCCAGUUCAAGUGACAGAUGCAAUAAGGCAGGAAUUACACCAAAGCCACUGUCUGCUUCUCACUGAUGAAAGUCAGAUGAAAGAUACAGAACAAAAUGUCCCAUUACAAGAUACUGUUACAAAUAUAUCUCCAACACAUGGAACAAUGUCUAUAGGAGAGCUAGCCCAGUGUAUGCUGAUACCAGAUGAUCAACUUCCUCUUGCAUAUCAAAAAUCCACAUGGAAUGCUGAAGAUUUAAGCAGCUUUAUUCGCUUGUGCUUAUUGGAUCAACACUUCCCAGCAUUUGUGGAAGAAGUAGAGAAACAGCUAAAAAAAAUUAUAGAUGGCUAAAAAGCAAAAUAUUUAAAAUGUAAUUGUUAAAAAAUCAACCAUAGUAUUGCUGUCAGUUUCUACUUCUUAGUUCUUUAAUUUGCCUUAAGAUUUGAAUAUGUAUUUAUCCUAUCUCUUAUAAGCCAAAGGGCAAUAUUAUGCUCUGUUUUCAGUUUUAAUAUAUAUAUUUGUGUCCAAGGUGCACCAAAUUAUUUUAUAUAAAAUUAAUAUAUUAAUAAUAAAACUA